CGCGGUGGCCCGCCUGGGCCUGGCUACGCCAGAGGUCGAGUCCAAGGAGUGCACCAGCGAGGAGGUCCUCCGGCGUGUGCAGGACUCUGCAGACAUGGCGACGGACGUGUCCAACGGGGCCGCGCUUCCGAAGCACGUGGUGCAGACGGCCGCCACUCAGGUGCUGGCCGCCCUUGCUGCGACCGCGCUGCCCAUGGCAGCGAAGGCCGACGAUGUGCCGCCGUUGCAGUCCUUCGGGGCUCCCCAGAUGCAGCAGCAGCAGCAGCCGGGCGGCACCGUGCGGGUCAGCGGCCGUGUCACCUACUCUCGAUUGCUUGAGUUCGUUGACGAGGGCUCGGUGAAGCGGGUCGACUUCUACGACCUGGGCCGCACUGCAGUCGCGCUGGUCAAUAUUGCUGGUCGUGAACAGCAGCUGGUGUGUGAUUUGCCAGGAGCUACUACGGGACUUAUCGACAAGCUUGUGUCGAAGAACAUUGCCAUCGAGGUGCACCAGCCUGACAAGCCAAAUCCGCUGCUGAAUGUCCUCGGUGACGUUGCCUUCCCGUUGCUCCUGAUUGCUGGGCUGCUUUUUCUGCGAAGCCGAGCUCCUGGAGGUGGUGGCAUUCCAGGCUUUGGCAACCAGGGUCGCGCGAAGAUCAUGGUCACACCAGAGACAGGUGUGAAAUUCAAAGAUGUGGCCGGCAUUGAUGAGGCCAAAGAGGAGUUGAUGGAGAUCGUGGACUUCCUGAAGGCACCCGAGCGCUUCGUGAAGGUUGGUGCUAAGAUCCCGCGAGGAGUGCUCCUGACAGGGCCGCCGGGAACCGGAAAAACUCUCAUGGCCAAAGCGUUGGCAGGGGAGUCUGGCGUGCCAUUCAUCCAGUCCUCUGCGUCAGAGUUUAUUGAGCUCUUCGUGGGUGUUGGAGCAUCACGUGUUCGCGAUAUAUUCAAGCAGGCCAAGGAGAAGGCACCAUGCAUCGUUUUCAUUGACGAGAUUGAUGCUAUUGGACGACAGCGGGGUGCGGGCAUGGGCGGUGGCAACGACGAGCGUGAGCAGACGUUGAACCAGAUCCUCACAGAGAUGGAUGGCUUCGAAGGCAACAGUGGUGUCAUUGUUGUGGCAGCCACCAACAGAUCUGACAUUCUCGACAACGCCCUGCUGCGCCCAGGCCGAUUUGAUCGACGGGUACAAGUCGGUCUUCCGGAUGUCAAAGGUCGCGAGCAAAUUCUCAAUGUGCACAUCCGCAACAAGAAGCUUGCGGAGGAGAUCACACUUACGGACAUCGCCAAACGAACCGCAGGUUUCAGCGGAGCUGACCUGGAGAAUUUGAUGAACGAGUCAGCAAUUUUGGCAGCCCGCCGCAACAAGAAGGCAAUUUCGAUGGACGAGAUCAAUGAUGCGACGGAUCGUGUCAUUGCAGGUCUGGAGGGCCGUGCCUUGCAAGACAACUCAGCAAAGAAGCUAAUUGCAUACCAUGAAGCAGGCCACGCAAUCGUUGGAACCUUGCUUCCGUACCACGAUCCAGUCAACAAGGUCACGCUCAUUCCUCGUGGCCAAGCCAAGGGACUCACGUGGUUCACGCCCAACGAGGAUCAGAGCCUCAUUUCCGCUGCGAUGCUAAAGGCGCGCAUUGCUGGUGCCCUCGGCGGCCGCGCAGCUGAGCAGCUUGUUUUCGGAACGUCACAGGUAACCACAGGAGCCGGCGGUGACCUACAGCAGGUGGAGCGUAUGGCCCGGAGCAUGGUCACGCAGUUCGGCAUGUCCGAGGUUGGUUCCUUAGCCAUUGAUGAUGGCGGAUUCAUGGGCCCAAGCUACUCAGAGGACUUGAGCCGCAAGAUUGAUGAUGCUAUCAAGGCGAUUUCAGAUGAGUGUUAUUUGAAUGCGCUGAACAUUCUCAUGACAAAUCGUGCCUGCUUGGAUCGUGUGGCUGAUGAGCUCACUGAGCUUGAGACAAUCACAGGAGACCGGCUUCGGGAGAUUGUGGCCGAAUACGCAGAGAUCCCACAAAAGCUGGCAGCAGUUUGA